AUGCCCCGCUCAGAAGAAGCAGAACAAUGGGCCAACGCAGUCUACUCCGCCAUCCAAGAAAUCCCCCACGGAAAAGUGACCUCAUACGGACAUAUUGCCCUUCUUCUAGGAGAACCCCAAAGACCCCGCCAAGUCGGCGUAUGUCUCAAAUCACUACCCGACGCUGACUCCGGACAUCAUUAUACGAAUGACACCGUGCCGUGGCAACGGGUUGUUAAUUCCAAGGGAAUGAUUUCUCAUCGUGGACCCGGCAGCGCCCAACGACAAGCAGAAGUCCUCCGCUCCGAAGGCGUCGAAGUAAAGGGCGAUAGCAUGGGGGAAUUCUACAUUGAUUUUUCGACGGUAGGCUGGUUUCCAGCCGAGUUACCUAGCGAAGCUGAAUGA